UACUACGAAGCCACACAGGACAUGUGCAGAAUGUGGCUUGCCGUUGUCUUGUUGAAAUAAAGCAGGGAUGUCCCUAAAAAGGACAAUGCUUGGAUGGCAACAUAUCUUGCUCCAAAACAUUUCUGCAACUUUCACCAUUUUCACACAUGUGCAAGCUACCCAUGCCAUGGGCGUAAACACACUUCCAAACCCUCAUAGAUGCUGGCUUUUGAACUAACCCACAUGGUUUCUUUUCUCAAAACAAGUUGACAUGGGCUCGUCAGACCACAGCAGACUUUUCCACUUUGUGUCAGUUCCUCUCAAAUAAGAAGCCAGCGAUGUUGAUCUAUGGCUUUCGCUUUGCAUUGUAGCGUUUUAACUUGCAUUUGUAAAUGUAGCGACCAACCAUGAUAACUGAUUGUGGUUUUCUGAAACAUUUCUGACCCACGUGGCAAAGUCCUUUACGCAAUGAUGCCUGAGCGAUCACAGGUCACGGGCAUUCAAUGUUGGUUUUCGGCCUUACGUGCAAAGAUUUCUCCAAAUUCUCCAAGUCUUUUGAUGGUAUUAUGGACGAUGGAUGACCAAAUAGCAAAAUUUCCUUAAAUUGCGCAUUUAGAAUCAUUCUUAAAUUAAUGGACUAUUUGCUCAAGACGUUGUUGUGUGAACCUUACCCCAUCCUUGCUUGAUAAUGGUCCUUUUAUAUUCCAAUCCUGACACUCACUGGUUUCCGAUUAACUUGUUCACCUGUGGAAUGUUCCAAAAGGGGCGUUUUUUUUGCGUCAAUUCCAAAGCUUUUCUUGCUCCUAUUCCAGCAUUUUUGGAAUAUGUUGAAGACAUAAAAUUCAAAAUGAGAGAAUAUUUCCAAAAAACAAUAACACUCAACAAUUCUUGUCCUCUUCUGUAUUCAAUUGAAGACAAGUUGAAAAGGAUUUGCAAAUCAUUGUAAUCUGUUUUUAUUUUCCCUCCCAGCCAGAUGCUGUUUCUUUUCACCCUUUAAUGUUGCCUGAAUCAUCUUUGUCUUCAACUUCAUUGGAAGUGGGGGAUUUGAUUUUUUUCUGUUUCUUACUAUCAGGCAAAAAAACAACAACAACAAAACAAUCAAUAAAGGUUUAAUACAAGUCAGACAUUUGAGUUUAGACAUUAAUUUAGUCUUUACAUAAUCUUGAGGCCUUGUAUGAAUUCAGUUUUUAGCAUAUAUGUGACCAUGUACCGUAAAUGAAAAGAUGACAGAGUGCAGUCUUUACAGGUAAUGAAGCAGUGGGAGAGGAAGGUACGCUCAGCCUCCAGCCUUGACGAGCUGCUCAGACUUGCAGACUUCCCCGACUGGAAGUUGUGGAAGUGCCGCAUGAGACUGCAGCAGUCGGACUCUCUUUUUUCGCCACCUUCGGCCGGCUCCCACCGCUCGACACGUUACGCUGCAGAAUCAUACAGCUUGGAGAUACUCAAAGCCAUAGAUGAGGAGUGGCAGCGGACACAAUGCAUGCCAAGAGAGACUUGUGUGGAUGUGGCCAAAGAACUGGGUACUGACCCAUCCAUGUUCUUCAAGCCACCUUGUGUGUCCGCCCACAGGUGUGGUGGCUGCUGCAAUCAAGAAGGUGUCACAUGCAGAAACACAAGUACAGUGCUGGUCAACAAAACGGUCCUUAGCGUGAUUCCAUUCAAGUUUGUACCAGAGCCUGUGCUGAUAAAAGUUGUGAAUCAUACAGAAUGCAAAUGCAUGGAGCCCGCCAUUGUACGACGUAAUGCUCAGCCUCACAGGGGCAGUGGUUGUUCUCUGAUUGGACAGCUUUCAGAGGCCGAGAAUUCCAGGAAACUUUGCGUCAGCGGUUGGAUUUGGGAUUGUACAAGUGACAGAUGCAUACCGUACCCUUCUAAUACUAGCCCAGAUUUUCCAAUGACUUCAUGGAUGCCCAACUGUGAGAUCGACGUGGAUCAUUGUGACUGUAUUCCACAAGCUGAUCCAACUCCCCAACUAAGAAUGGUCCUACGGUGUCACCUCAACAGCUCCAUCUGUUCUCACAGACGUCAAUAUUUUGACCCCUUCUCCUGCAGAUCCAAGUGGCCCAAAUAGCAGCAAGUAUGACAACCUGCAGACCAAUCCUUUUGGAGGCAGAGAAAUAGUGGCACAUAAUUUAUUUACAACAUUAUUUAUGCAAACCACGUGAACUAAUGGAGAUUAUACUUAGUCACAGGACCAUAUUAAUUAAUUAUUAACAUUCUGAUCUUAUGUUUGAAUCAAUUUAUGAAUUUUGAUAUUCAUUUUUUUGUGCACUGAAUAUCUGGAUAAUAAAAAGGUUAUUUUUUAUAAUUCAGACUAUUGCUCACGUUUUAUUUUGCAAUGCAUUUGCAAAACACUGGUCAACAAACUUAAAAUUAUUU